GCUCGGUUUUAAGUGAGUCUGAACUGUCACUUGACGUCUAGUCUAUCUGUUGAGGUGCACACGGAUUGACCACUCCUUUUGGGCUUAUUUCGUGGAUAUUAAGGGGGAAAACUAAUCCACUUGCCUACCAUGACUGACGCGCAACAGGAGGCCCGCUCAUACCUGAGCGAGGAGAUGCUUGCUGAGUUCAAGGCUGCCUUCGACAUGUUCGACACUGAUGGUGGCGGUGAUAUCAGCACCAAGGAGUUGGGUCAAGUCAUGAGAAUGUUGGGUCAGAACCCAACCAGAGAGGAGUUGGAAGAAAUCAUCGAGGAGGUCGAUGAGGACGGCAGCGGUUCCAUUGACUUCGAGGAGUUCUUGGUCAUGAUGGUGAGGCUCCUAAAGGAGGACCAGGCCGGCAAGAGCGAGGAAGAGUUGGCAGAGUGCUUCCGUGUGUUUGACAACAACGGUGAUGGAUACAUCGACAGAGAUGAGUUUGCUGAGAUCAUCCGCAGCACUGGUGAGUCCGUUACAGAAGAAGAGAUUGAUGAGCUGCUGAAGGAUGGAGACAAGAACGCUGAUGGCAUGCUGGACUUUGAUGAAUUCCUCAAGAUGAUGGAGAACGUGCAGUAAAACACUCACGGACAUUCCUCUUCCCCGUUACCCUCCUGCCAACCAACCAGUCCUCUCACACCCACUUAUGCCCCUUACUGCCCUUAUGUACUGGUCCAUUACCUCCUCCCCCUUCAUCUUGACUCAGCUAGUCCUCAACAGACAGAUUGACACCCGGAUGGGGCUAUCCAACACUCUGGGGGCCAUUUCUUUUCUUGUGACAGAAAUGUUCGUACGGUUGCGUCAGUGACCCGCAUGUUUAAAGACCCAAGGAGCCAGGUUGUGACAGCCCCACGGGAGAACGCUUAGUACAUCGAGAGCGCACACCAUCAAAAAUUUCCCCAACAUUGCUGGGCGUUUAGUCUAGACAUAGACUAAAUCGGCAGCUCGCUAUCGCUGCUUAGACCAAUGCCAAAGCCUCAAUAAUUUCAUCGUGACUAAUAAAUGCUUGACAGUACAAAAUAAAUAAAUAAAACAUGCUCAUGUUUAGUUGGUCUAAUGUUUGAUGGUCUGUAUGGUUUUGUUUUGAGGAAUAUCAAUAAACAUUAUAUAUUUUUUUUUC